CAUUCUUAAGAAUAUUGCUCCCAAGAGCUUCAUCUCCUCUUUCAAACUCAGCUCUUAAUCUCUCUCUUAAACUCCAAUCUUACCUCGCUAAUCACUCUCUCGGCGGGCCACUCCGAAUCGUGGGGCCCACAUCCACUUAUCCACCACAGUCGAAAAUGCCACGGCCACUAAAGUUGGAGGAGAUAUUGAGAUCUCACCGGAAAAGUCGCCGGCGACGGAGCUCCCAGCGAGUCUCCGGCGAGAGUUGAUGCCAGGACACGUGGCGCUGAUAUUGGAUGGGAAUAGAAGAUGGGCUGAGGUAAGAGGACUUGGAUCUGAUGCAGGGCAUGAUGCUGGGCUUAAGACUUUGCUACAAGUAAUGGGCCUCUGUGCUAAAUGGGGUAUCAAAGUUGCCACUUUUUUCUUGUUUUCGUCUGAAAAUUGGCGUCGACCCAAAGUUAGUGCUUUUCUCUUUUUAUUACCCUUUUUCGCAGAAAUCGAGUUUGUGAUGUGGCGGUUCCAUAAGAUGUUGGUGGAUGAACUCGAGAAUAUCAUUAGCUUAUCACAUAAGAUUUUGAUGUUUAAAGAUCAACAGGCAAGGAAUAAGAAUCUCCACAAUUGGAGACACGUCUUUGCUCCCUGUCUCCUUACAGGAGUGAUAGAACACACAAAAGAAGCGACGAAAGACAACACCAAAACACAUGUAAUUUUUGCUGUUAGUUACAGUGGGAAGAACGACAUCGUGCAAGCAUGCCAAAACAUCAGUAAAAAAGUUAGAGAAGGGCUGAUCGAGCCCAAUGAUGUGUCUGAAACUCUUAUCGAGCAGGAGCUAGAGACUAAGAUAACGAGUACUCCUUGCCCUGAUUUACUCAUUCGAACAAGUGGUGAGCUUCGGGUCAGUAACUUCUUGCUCUGGCAACUUGCCUAUUCUGAACUCUACUUUACUAAAACACUGUGGCCUGAAUUCGGAGAAUCAGAGUUUAUAACAGCAUUAGAGUCUUAUCAGACAAGAGGGAGACGGUUUGGAGGGCGAUUAUGAAGCAUUGAUGUAUGUUGUACCUUUAACCUUCAGUUUUUUUUUUUUUUUUUUUUUUUUUUUUUUUUUUUUUUUUUUUUUUUCCGGAUAACUUUAACCUUCAGUUUAGUUAGCCAAAAUGUUUGAUGAGGAUAUGUUAUUUUUAUGUAUUUGUUGAGUUUUGAACUUUUUGGCAUUCAGAAUGUAGUUUUUAGUGUGCAUGAAAGUUUUGAACUGUUGUUUAAUUAAGAGGAGAAACCAUUUUACAGCAGGGAACCUGUGAGUUUAUUGGAUCUGGUGACAUGCAUUUUAGCUCAUUGAAUUCGAAGAAUUUUUUAUUUUUUUUCUCUUCUCUAAAUCAAGCAUCUAACGAUUAACAAAAAUAAAAUGCUUUAUGCAAUCGAAGGGAUGAAUCAGAAGAAGUAGGAACAAAAGGGGAAAAAAACUCAUCAUAAGAAAAGAGUCACUUUUGCUACUUGGAAAAUGAAUCAUCAUACAAAGUGUACAACAUUCAAUCUCUUCUCUCUAUUCGAGUUUGAAAAAUAUUUUUGAAAAGGAAAUAUACAUCCAUCUAUUAGAGUGGAUUCAAGAGUCUACUCUCACGUUUUCUCUUCAAAGUAUCUUUAUAUUUCUCCAACUUUAUAUAAAAUGUCUAUAAUAAUUGAUCUUACAGAGAAUAAACUAUGCAUUCAAUUCACACUUACUAGACAAAUAAGACAAUAAUCAACACCACCUUUGUUACCUUUCCUAAAUUUUACAACUUGGCUUACUAGAAGACCACUUAAAACUAGCUUCCUCCUCCCUUUUACAAAGAUAAUUCAACUUGUCAACUUCCUCAUAUUUAACAUAGUAACAAAUUAACAAUAAUCUAAGAAAUUUCAUGAGUCCUUAUCCUAGAUAAUAAUAAAUAAGAUGGAGGGUCAAUUUAUUCUGUUAAACAACUAACAAAGUAACAAGUAGCCCAUGAUAUAAGUUACACCUUAACCUAAGGUUGAAAAAAAAAGGUUCAACUCUUGAGUCCCUUCAAAGAGCAAAAAAAAGUUAGAAAUAAAAGCUUUUUAUCCACCUUGCAAUUUGGGUUCCACACCUUACUACCUUCCAAAGCAAUACGUCCACUCUCCUAAAUAUACCAAUACCAUAAUCUUAAAAAGCUCAAAAAUGAAAAAUGAAAAAUAAAAAUAAAGCAAAGUCACAUUACAUGUUUCAUAUAAAUAUUCAUAACAUAUACAUCCCAUAACAUAAUUCCCCACCCCAGCAAGAUCUAUUGUAUAGUGCUACUUUCCUAUUAUUCCUACCAAGAGAAGCAAAUCAACUUAUACACUAUGUCCUCCUCGACCUGCAUAUCAAGCAAUCCUAUGUCCAAACCCAAAACCAAUUCCCGGUUUUCGAAACCGAUGGAUUCUAAUGGUGGUGUAACGGUGGUUGAUAGCAAAUCAUGCAGGCAGUUGUACUUGAGAACCGCCUACACGUUUUCGAGGCCGGAUGAGAAAAAAGAGAGUUAUGGGAAUAUUGAGAAGGCUAAGAAGUGCUUAAGCAGGGUUAAAGACAGAGUUACUCUGGUUUAUAAAAGAGAUUAUAAUGACAAAAGUUACAAGGUUAUGAUUAGAAAUAAUAAGGGUAGUAGUAUGGUGAUAUAUAGAAAGGUAAAGGAAUUUUCUUAUGCUUCUUUCUUGCCUAUGAUCCGUAGGAUGCUUUCUUGUACUGCAAAAGUUGAUGUUUCUGAGCAUUAAUAGCUUUCUUUUCCUAAUCAUACAUAGUUGUAUACCUUAAUAAAAAUCAUCUUUGAUGAAUACGAAUAUGAUGAUAUAUACAUACUCUUGUUAUA